AUGUGCCUCAUCUGUUGCGUCAGUCUGGUCUCUCACUGCAGCCACUGCCCCCAGGAGAGCCCCAGGCCCACUUCAACCAGCAUCACGUACGUACGCGUGACGUGACGCGCCUCUCCUCAGCCUACCGGCUUGCCUCGCACUUCCUGGCCCAGGCCUUCUCUGAUGCCGAGAUCGGAACAGCCACAGAAACCCACUGGUCACAGCCGCGGCCCAGUCGAUGA